AUGGGCCUUGAGAACGUCAAGCACGUCGUCCUAGUCCUCUCCGGCAAGGGCGGCGUCGGAAAGUCAAGUGUAACUCUCCAACUUGCUCUCUCACUCACGCAACAAGGACACAAUGUAGGCAUCCUUGACAUCGACCUCACAGGCCCGAGUAUCCCUCGACUCCUCAAUUUGGAAGACAAAAAAGUGACACAAGCUCCUGGCGGCUGGCUGCCUGUCAAGGUACACGAUGCAAGAGAUGGAGAAGCAGAGACCUCGAAUGGCCACGAGGCACCUCUGCCAGUCACUCCUUCGAGAAGGGGUUCUCUCCACGCAUUAUCCCUCGCCUUCCUGCUGCCCUCACGCUCGUCCGCGGUUAUCUGGCGCGGUCCGAAGAAGACUGCGAUGAUCAGGCAGUUUGUCUCUGACGUCCUCUGGCCACCGAACACAGACUAUCUGCUCAUCGACACUCCGCCUGGCACCAGCGAUGAGCACAUUGCAAUUGUGGAAGAACUACACAAACUUGCCGCCGACGUGCAGCCUCAACCUACCAGAAACGGGAACGCGCUAUCUCUCGAGAGCGAUACGGGGCCAAAGCUCUCCGGUGCUGUGGUGGUCACCACUCCGCAAGCAAUCUCUACGGCCGAUGUUCGCAAAGAAUUGAACUUCUGUGUCAAAACGCAAAUACGUGUGCUUGGCGUCAUUGAGAAUAUGGCUGGGUAUAUGUGUCCUUGUUGCGGCGAAAUCAGCAACGUCUUCAGCAAAGGAGGAGGAGAGGUUAUGGCUCGAGAGUGCAAUGUGCCUUUCCUGGGCUCUGUCCCUAUCGAUACCGGCUUCGGUGCCCUCGUUGAGGGAGUGAAAGAGGAGCAGAAUGCUGUCAAUGGUACCCAGCCUACCAAUGGAGAGGCUUCCCGGAAAUCAACCGAAUUAGUCGAGCGUUACAAAGAAUGCGGGUUGUGUCCCAUUUUCAGUGACUUCGCUAGCAGAAUAGACCAGAAGGUACGGGACGCCACGACCUCGUGA